AUGGACCGACUGUUGUGUGACUGUGUGAUAGCUUUGGCUGUUCUGUUGUGUGUGGCUACACAGGUGUUGUGCCAGCUGUGUGACAGGCCUUGCCACUGCCCCAGUUCUGUCCCCCAUUGCCCCUCAGGAGUCCCACUGGUGCAGGAUGGCUGCCGGUGCUGCCAGGUGUGUGCCCGGCAGCGAGGCGAGCCCUGCACUGAGAUGUUCCCCUGCGACAGCCAGAGAGGACUGCAGUGCGACUACAGUGCCAGCUUCCCCGGAGACCCUGGGGAGUGUGUCAGUCAGGAGGAUCUGGGCUGUGAAGUCAACGGCAUUACAUACCAUGAGGGCCAGUCGUUUCAGCCCUCCUGUGACACUUACUGCCACUGCAGAGGUGGAGGGGUGAGCUGUAUGCCCACUUGUCCUCUGAACAUCCGUUUUCCCACUCCAGACUGUCCCAACCCACAACAUAUCCGGCUUCCGGGGAAAUGUUGCAAGGAAUGGGUGUGUGAGAACCUCGAGAACACAGUCAUUCAGGAUGCCAUCACAGCCAUGAGACCUGGCAGGUUGUGGCCGGCUCUCCCGAUGGAUCAUCCUCUAAACAAAUUGACCCCACCUGCCUCCACCUGCAUAGAACAGAGCACCCAGUGGAGUGCCUGUUCCCAGAGCUGUGGGGCUGGGGUUUCCACACGGGUCUCAAACCGGAACCCAGCCUGUAAGCUGCAAAUGGAAACUCGACUCUGUAAAGUGCGGCCUUGCCAUACAGGUCAGCCUGUUCAGAGGAAACCCAUGUGGGGACGGCAGGGGCAGUGCAAGGCCAGCUACACGUCACCAGGGCCCAUUCGGCUUGUUCACCAGGGCUGCUACAGCACUCGUGCCUACCAGCUCCGGUACUGCGGACAAUGCACUGACUCCCACUGCUGCACGCCUUAUCAGACGACCACGGCUGAGGUGACCUUCCGCUGCCCCACUGGCAGACUGCUACAGCGACCAGUGAUGAUGAUCCAUUCAUGUGUCUGUCAUAACAACUGCCCCUACAAACCUUUCAGUAACCCUGCUCUGUGGGGAUUCAGACCCUGAUCGACCGGGACGAGUGCUGAUUCACUCAGAGCAGGAGGACUUCACUGGCUGGUUCUUAUCAUCGGGUGGACCCACAGAGGCAUCCUCUAAUCAAUGGACCUUGAAAGAGAAAAUGAUCAUUGUAGAUCAAAUCUGUGACUGAUUUUUUGAUUAAUUUUGAUCUUCACACAUUUAUAAUAUCAAACUGCACUUAUUCACAGCUCUUUUAAAACUCUCACACCUUGGGAAGCCACUAUACUUGUGGUCUUAUUAUUUGGCAAAACUAGAGAAAACAAGUUAAUUUACAGUAUAUAGCACUUUUUUUAAACACAGAA